AUGUCAUUCAUUGAUGUGUCAUUGAGAAGGUAAAAAACCUAUGAAACAUCGAAGACAAAACAUUAAUAAUAAUAAUUUAAUCCUCUAGAAUAACAUUUAUUUGAUUUAUUAAUUUUUUGAAUAUUAAUUAAACUAAUUUAAGUAAAAAUGUCUUCGACUCUGACAGUUAUUGUAAAAAUUACACUUUUUGUGUUAGUGUUUAUGAGUGUAAUAUCCCAUGUUGUUCUUGGGAAUAAUGCUUCCAAAAAAUUGCAAAUUGGAGUCAAGAAAAGACCAGCGGAGUGUCCAAUAAAAAGUAGGAAAGGUGACUUACUUCAUAUGCAUUAUACGGGUACAUUAGAGGAUGGCACAGAGUUUGACAGUUCCAUUCCACGUGGGAAUCCCCUGACAUUCACCCUUGGUUCGGGUCAAGUUAUCAAGGGGUGGGACCAAGGUCUAAUAGGCAUGUGUGAAGGAGAGCAACGGAAGCUUGUCAUCCCACCAGAGCUAGCCUACGGAGAGGCUGGGGCUCCUCCAAAAAUACCAAAGUCUGCUACUCUUACUUUUCACGUAGAUCUAGUCAAGAUUGAUAGAAAAGAUGAAUUGUAAUUCUAUUUAUUUUUGUAUUUUUUGUAUGUAUGAAAAUAUUGACAGUAAAAAGUUGUGUGUGUACCUGUGUUGUUAAUAUUUUACUUAUAAGUUUCAGACAAAUUUUCCAGCUUUGCAUACCUAUUCAUAUAGAUUCAUGAUUUAUUUUUUAGUGAUGUAUGAUUGAUAAUGAACAUUCCAAGUAAAGAAUGACAAAUUA